GACAGUUGCACCAGAUUCCCUUGUGUGUGUGCGCGCAAGGGGACCCUGCGCGUGUUUGUGUGUGCAAGAGAGAGAGAGAGAGUGGGAGGAGGAGUGAGCGUCGGUCCGGUGGCUGUGUGCAGGGAUGGAAACAGAGAAGACAGAUGCAGAGGAGAGUAGCUCUCACAAUCGCUAGGAAUAAGGAUCUCCUUGUGGAUGUUUUCAUUUCCCUGAAUGCAUGCGCGAUGGUAUCCGUCUUUUUUUCGAGCACCACCCAUUUAGACCUAGGCGUCUGUCUCUGAGGUGUCAGUCAUUUCACGCCGGGGACUCUACAUGUGAGUGCAUGGCGCGCCCGGCAGGGCGGAUCUGCUCACGGGGUGAAAAAACGCCGGCUGGUAUGGAUAAAGGGUCAGCCAUCAUCUCUUCAUCCCAAUCACUCUUAUAAGGUAUGGCCGUAGGAAGCUUGGAAACGCGUUUUUGAUGCGCGAGAAAUGCGGCUUAACGGGACUCGUGUGCGCAUCUUGGAUCGGUUUGGCGGUGUGGUUGCGCGACGUUAUUAGGCCCUCUCUUAUCAGUUAUUUCGAGGCUGGUCCUCAGGUUCGUAACCGUCACGUCCCCCUUUCUUAAUCCUGGUGUAGCGACAGUGUCCCACAGCGUUGGCCAGACCGCAGAGCAGGGAAGAUGAUGUGCGAAGUGAUGCCGACCAUCAGCGAGGGAGACACGGCUGGUCCUCCGAGAGGCACCGGCAGCGUCCCGAACGGCUCGGACCAGGAGGCCAACUUCGAGCAGCUGAUGGUCAACAUGCUGGACGAGAGAGACAAGCUGCUGGAGUCCCUCAGGGAGACGCAAGAGACCCUAAUCCAGUCUCAAACUAAGCUCCAGGGGGCGCUCCACGAAAGGGACAUGCUCCAGCGGCAGAUCAAUGCCGCGCUACCUCAGGAGUUUGCCACUCUGACGAAGGAGCUGAACAUAUGCCGGGAGCAGCUGCUGGAAAAAGAAGAGGAAAUAUCUGAGCUGAAAGCUGAAAGGAACAACACCAGGCUGCUGCUGGAGCACCUGGAGUGCCUGGUGUCCCGUCAUGAACGCAGCCUUAGGAUGACAGUGGUGAAGAGACAGGCACCGCCGCCAUCUGGAGUCUCCAGUGAGGUGGAGGUCCUGAAGGCUCUGAAGUCGCUGUUUGAACACCACAAGGCCCUGGAUGAAAAGGUACGAGAGAGGCUUCGGGUGGCUUUGGAGAGGGUGGCAACCUUGGAGGGGCAACUAGCAUCUACCACCCAGGAGUUGAACACGGCGAGGCAGAGGAAGGACGGUGAUUCAGUGGAGCGAACGGACGGAUCCAAGCCUACAUGGAAGAGACUGCCCAACGGCUCUAUAGACGCCCACGAUGAUGGUAGCCGGGUAUCUGAGCUGCAGGAGCUGCUGGAUCGGACCAAUAAGGAGCUGUCUCAGAGCCGCGAGCACGCCGCCACACUUAACGGCCGCAUGGGGGAGCUCGAGGCGGAGCUAGCCAACGCACGACGAGAGUUGAGCCGCAGCGAGGAGCUGUCGAUCAAACAACAGAGGGAGCAGAGAGAGAGAGAGGAUCUGGAGGAAAGAAUCACAACCUUAGAGAAACGCUACCUGGCUGCCCAGCGAGAGACAACCCACAUCCACGACCUCAAUGACAAGCUGGAGAAUGAACUGGCCACCAAAGAUUCCCUGCACAGACAGAGCGAGGAGAAGGUCCGCCAGCUGCAGGAGAUGCUGGAGAUGGCAGAGCAGCGCCUGGCUCAGACCAUGAGGAAGGCCGAGACUCUGCCAGAGGUCGAAGCUGAACUGGCACAGAGAGUUGCGGCACUGACCAAGGUAGCACGCAAACAGAUGUCAAGUUUGAACCUGAGAGGGAUGAGACCGUCACUGCAAAAACAAAAAAAAACGGUCCUUUCUAAAGAUGUCUGCGUUUACAGUGUAUGCAAAUGUCUCCCCCUGCAGGCCGAGGAGCGGCAUGGCAACGUGGAGGAGCGGCUUCGACAGCUGGAGUCGCAACUGGAGGAGAAAAACCAAGAGCUUGCAAGGGCACGUCAGAGGGAGAAAAUGAACGAGGAGCACAACAAGCGUUUGUCCGACACCGUGGACCGCCUGCUCACUGAGUCCAACGAGAGGCUGCAGCUCCAUCUGAAGGAGCGCAUGGCCGCCCUGGAGGACAAGAACGCCCUCAUUCAGGACUUGGAGAACUGCCAGAAACAGCUUGAAGAGUUUCACCACACCAGGGAACGGCUGAUUGGAGAGAUCGACAAGCUGAGGAACGAGAUCGACCACCUGAAACGCCGCAGCGGAGCGUUUGGAGACGGAACUCAUCCCCGGUCUCACUUGGGAAGCGCCAGCGACCUCCGCUUCUCGGUGGUGGAGGGUCAGGACGGCCACUACAGCACCACCGUGAUCAGACGGGCGCAGAAGGGCCGGCUGUCAGCUCUGCGAGACGAUCCCAACAAGGUGUGUGCCGUGUUUGAGCAGGAUUACCCGUCCCUGCGCGGGAGCGUCAGUCACCUUCUAGGCAGCGACAUCGAGGCGGAGUCGGACAUGGACGACGACGUGAGCUCGACGCUGCUCUCGCCCAGCGGCCAGUCCGACGCGCAGACUCUUGCGCUCAUGCUGCAAGAGCAGCUUGAUGCCAUCAAUGAGGAGAUAAGGAUGAUCCAGGUGGAGAGGGAAUCAGCAGAGCUGCGCUCUGAGGAGAUUGAGUCCCGGGUGAAUAGCGGCAGCAUGGACGGUCUCAACGUGACCCUCAGACCCCGAGCGCUGCCCACCUCCGCCACUGCCCAGUCCCUGGCAUCGUCCUCCUCCCCGCCCACCAGUGGCCACUCCACGCCUAAGCAUCAUGGACGCAACCCCAGCCACCAUCUAGGAAUCAUGACUCUGCCAAGUGACCUGAGGAAACAUAGGAGAAAAGUCGCUUCUCCUGUGGAAGUGGACAAAGCUACCAUCAAGUGUGAAACGUCACCUCCCUCCUCCCCCCGAAGUUUACGGCUGGAAACCAACUUCGCCCAGUUUACAGGCAGCCUGGAGGACGGGCGAGGCAAGCAGAAGAAAGGGAUCAAGUCAUCUAUCGGUCGGUUGUUUGGGAAGAAGGAGAAGGGUCGGAUGGAGCAGACUGUUGGCAGGGAUGGACAGUCUCUACCAGCCUUAACAGACUUUGAGAUGAGCAUCGGUGACACUAUGACUCUGGGCAAACUGGGCACGCAGGCUGAGAGGGACCGAAGGAUGAAGAAAAAACAUGAGCUUCUGGAAGAUGCAAGGAAAAGAGGUCUUCCAUUCGCACAGUGGGAUGGUCCCACGGUCGUUUCAUGGCUGGAGCUGUGGGUGGGGAUGCCAGCCUGGUAUGUGGCUGCCUGUCGUGCCAACGUGAAGAGUGGAGCCAUCAUGUCCGCCCUUUCCGACACAGAGAUCCAAAGAGAGAUUGGGAUCAGCAACCCUCUGCACAGACUCAAACUGCGUUUGGCCAUCCAGGAAAUGGUCUCCCUCACCAGCCCCUCGGCGCCGCUGACCUCCAGAACGUCCUCCGGAAAUGUGUGGGUGACUCAUGAAGAGAUGGAGAACCUGGCUUCCUCCACCAAAGCGGAGAAUGAGGAGGGCAGCUGGGCACAGACUUUAGCAUAUGGCGACAUGAAUCACGAGUGGAUAGGAAACGAGUGGCUGCCCAGCCUCGGCCUGCCUCAGUACCGCUCCUACUUCAUGGAGUGUCUGGUUGAUGCGCGCAUGCUGGACCAUCUGACCAAAAAGGACCUGAGAAGCCACCUAAAGAUGGUGGACAGCUUUCACAGGGCCAGUCUGCAGUAUGGAAUUAUGUGCUUGAAAAGACUCAAUUAUGACAGGAAAGAGCUGGACCGCCGUAGAGAUGACAGCCAGCACGAUAUGAAAGAUGUGUUGGUGUGGACCAACGAGCAGGUGAUCCACUGGGUCCAGUCCAUCGGUCUGAGGGAAUACAGCGGCAACCUGCUGGAGAGCGGCGUUCACGGGGCGCUCAUCGCUCUCGAUGAAACCUUCGAUUACAGCAGCCUGGCGCUUAUCCUGCAGAUCCCCAUGCAAAACACGCAGGCAAGGCAGGUCCUAGAGAGGGAGUUUAACAACCUUCUGGCCUUGGGAACAGACCGCCGACUGGAGGAGAGUGGAGAUGACAAGUCAUUCCGGCGCUCACCAUCAUGGCGCAAGAGGUUUCGGGCUCGUGAGGGAGGGACGGGUCUAGGGAUGAUGGCAGGCUCCAUGGAGACCCUACCUGCUGGCUUCCGCAUGCCCGCUAUGUCGAUGCCGCCCUCCAUGACUUUGGCUGCCAAGAAACAACUCCAGCCUGAAGUGCGUUCUCAUUACCUAUACGGACACAUGCUUGCGGCCUUUUUGAGAGUGAUAUGCCAAAUCUGGAGAGGGAAGGAUUGGGUGCGCCAAGAGGGGGGCGGAGUCUUCUCCCCUCUCACGCCCAGCCUCACCUCCCAAACUUUCAUCUCUCUCCUCCCCUCUGGACUCGUGCAAUACAGGGGGCACCUCUGACCUUUGCUCUCCGAGAGCACUCGUUGGCUGCUUUCCACUGCUGCUGUAAAAGAGGCUCGUCCCUGUCUCGCCUUGUUUACCCCCAGUGCUCCCAGUAGCCUCGUUGUUGUGGUGUCAUGUUCCCGCUCUCCUCGUCUCAGCUGUGGGGUCUCGUCCUGGUUUCCGAUCCUCCCGAAAUGGCCAAGACCAAACAAAUCUUCCUGUGUUAACACGCGACAGUGGUGAAAAAAAAAAAAAAA